UCUAUAUAUUUCCUUUAAAUUCAUACCAAACACGAUUUUUUGCACUUAUCUUCAAAAUUCAAAGACACUAGCUUCUCUCUUUGCGUUGUCACUUUAAAUCUACUCAUCUGUCUGUUGAUGCACAUCUCUAUAUAUACAGCUAUACUCAUUCUCGCGUUCUUCUCUAUUAACAUAAAACAAACUUCAGUUUUACAACAACUACGGUGAAAGAAGCAUAGCAAAAUCAUGAUCAAGAGAAGUGCUGGUUUAUUAACCCAACAUUCAGCCCUCCGUUCUUCGAUUUUUAAGACACGAGCUACACGCUUUGCAACUCAGGCCGCUGCUGCUUUGAAUUCAUGUGAACCUUCAACUUUCAGUGGCGAUGAAUAUGCUGAUGUUGAUUGGAAUAAUCUUGGUUUCGGACUCAUGCCGUCAGACUAUAUGUACACCAUGAAAUGCUCAGACUAUGAAAAUUUCCAACAGGGGAAACUUAGUCGAUAUGGAAACAUCGAGAUGAGCCCUUCUGCUGGUGUCCUAAAUUAUGGACAGGGAUUGUUUGAAGGCACGAAAGCUUAUAGGAGAGAAAACGGAGGCCUGUUCCUGUUCCGUCCAGAGCAAAAUGCAAUGAGGAUGCAGAUCGGUGCAGAGAGAAUGUGCAUGCCAGCGCCUUCAGUCGAGCAAUUUGUAGAUGCUGUAAAACAAACUGCCCUUGCCAAUCGACGCUGGAUUCCUCCUCCAGGAAAAGGGUCCCUAUAUAUCAGGCCUCUGCUUAUGGGGAGUGGUCCAAUACUAGGAUUAGGUCCAGCACCUGAAUACACUUUCCUUAUUUAUGCUUCUCCUGUUGGCAACUACUUUAAGGAGGGUACUGCACCAUUGAAUCUUUAUGUUGAAGACGAAUUUUUUCGUUCCUCCCAUGGGGGAGUCGGAGGUGUCAAAAGCAUUACAAAUUAUGCUCCGGUUUUGAAAGCUCAGGGCAGAGCAAGAAGCAGAGGUUUCUCUGAUGUGUUGUAUCUCAAUUCAGUUGAUAAGAGAAAUCUAGAGGAGGCUAGUUCUUGUAACAUCUUUAUCGUCAAGGAUGGUGUUAUUUCCACCCCUAAACCGAAUGGAUCCAUUCUGAAAGGAAUUACACGGAAAAGCAUCAUUGAUAUAGCUCGUGAUCUUGGCUACAAGGUUGAGGAGCGAUCCAUUCCAGUCGACGAUUUGAUGAAUGCUGACGAAGUUUUUUGCUCUGGAACGGCUGUUGGUGUCGCUCCAGUCAGUAGCAUAACGUACCAGAACAAAAGUGUAUGCUACAAGAUGGAUGCCGAGCUUGUGUGUCGAAGAUUGAACUCGACUUUGACAGGAAUUCAUCAAGGUUCUGUUGAAGACAAGUGGGGCUGGGUUGUAGAAAUUGAUUGAAAUUCCUCAUUAUUCUGCAAAUGUAAAAAGAACUGCUUCCUUUCUCUUAUAAAAUUGUAAUCUUUCGAA